CUUUUGGAUGCAUCAUUGGCCUAACUCACGAACCGCCACUCGCCCGCCAUCCUAUUCAUGUGUGCGUCGCAGACCGUUCGGUUGACUCGCUCCCCCGUGACCCGAUCUCUACCAAAUGUCAACAAAAAAACGUCCAUAAACUACCUUCAACCCGGUUCAGAUACCCCCUUGGACUGCACCUAACGGUCAUCUGAAGCCCGGUAGUUGGAGAGAGAGAGAGAGAGAGAGAGAGAGAGAGAGAGAGAGGGUAAUCAACGAAUUAUAUCAAAAGCUUCAACAUUUCAACGUUGUUGCUGUCUAUCUAUACCUUCUCUUCAAAUCUUCAACCACCGGAGAUGUCCUGUUCCUUCCAUUAUCACUCAACUCGUCUCUUAAUCACCUGUAUGCUUCUAUCGGGAUGCCCAAACUUCCCACCAUUUUCACUCCAAAUAAUAAUGGGAUCGCUGUAUCUUCCAAUUCCAUCUAUCAAACUCUUGUUCAUAGACACGAUGAGAAUACAGAGGGCAGAGAGGGGUUUGCAGGCGCAGUUUCGCAUUUUUUGCGUCGGUUCAUGUCCGGAAAGAAAAUUGAUGGAGGGUCACGGACCGAAGAAGAAGAGAAGGUUUACUCUUGGUUAUAUGCGUUAGCCCAGACACAGAAAGAGUUGGCUUUUGAGUAUGUUCAAUCGACGGAAAGGGGAUUGAGCUUCACAGAAGCUGAGAGGAGACUGAAGGAAAAUGGUCCAAAUGUUCCUCAUGAAUAUUCUUUCCCAAGAUGGUGGCAUCUUCUGUGGAAUGCCUUUUUUCAUCCUUUUAACAUUAUUCUGAUUGUCUUGUCAGCACUUUCAUACAUAACCAGUGAUGGUCCAAAUGGAUGCAUCAUGCUUGUAUUGGUUUUUAUCAGUGUCUCCCUUCGAUUUUACCAGGAAUUCAGCAGCUCGAAAGCUGCCAUGAAACUUUCAGAAUUUGUAAGACGCCCAAACAAAGUUCAAAGGUGUGCUGGUAGAGUUGUUCAGACUGAAUUAAUUGUUCAGGUUGAUCAAAGAGAUAUUGUUCCUGGAGACAUUAUUAUUUUCCAACCAGGAGACCUGUUUCCUGGUGAUGUGAGGCUAUUAACGUCAAAAAACCUUGUUGUAAGCCAGUCCUCGUUAACUGGGGAGUCGGGAACAAUGGAGAAAACGGCCGAUACUACAGAAAAUCAAAGCACUCCCCUGCUAGAUUUAAAGAAUAUCUGCUUCAUGGGAACAAGUGUGGUGUCAGGUAGUGGUACUGGUCUAGUUGUUUCCACUGGAUCCAAGACUUAUAUGAGCACAAUGUUUUCAACUAUAGGAAGGCAGAAACCACCAGAUGACUUUGAGAGGGGCGUUCGCCGUAUAUCCUAUGUGCUUAUCCCUGUUAUGCUAGUAGCUGUCACUAUCAUUGUCUUAACUGAUUACCUUACUUCUUAUGCUCUGACUGAGAGCAUUCUUUUUGGGAUUUCGGUUGCAAGUGCACUCACUCCUCAGAUGCUACCCCUCAUUGUGAACACAAGUCUUGCAAAAGGAGCACUCGCAAUGGCUAGAGACAGAUGCAUAGUCAAAAGUGUAAAUGCCAUAAGAGACAUGGGAUCCAUGGAUAUCUUAUGCAUUGAUAAGACUGGGACACUCACCAUGGACCAUGCUAUCAUGGUUAGUCAUCUUGACAGCUGGGCCUUACCACAGGAAAAGGUUUUGCGCUUUGCCUUCCUUAAUGCUUACUUCAAGAUUGAACAGAAGUAUCCUCUAGAUGAUGCAAUUUUGGCAUAUGUAUAUACAAAUGGAUACAGGUUUCAGCCAUCUAAGUGGAAAAAGUUAGAUGAGAUUCCUUUUGAUUUUAUCCGAAGAAGAGUCUCUGUUAUCUUGGAAACAGAAUCAAAUUCGAAGGAAAAAAACCAUCAAUUCCUUGAUAGAUUCUUGAUAACCAAGGGAGCCUUAGAAGAAGUUAUGAAUAUAUGUUGUUUUAUUGAGCAUGUUGAUACAGGUGCAGUCAUAACUUUCUCUUCAGAAGACCGUCAGAGGAUACUGAAUAUAGCAGAAGAUUUAAGCAAUGAUGGAUUACGUGUUAUUGGAGUUGCAAUAAAGAGACUAAAAAUGAAAGAUGGACAAGUGGCUAAUGAUGAGACACUUGAGGCAGACAUGGUAUUCCUUGGCCUCAUAACCUUCUUCGAUCCACCCAAGGACUCUGCAAAGCAAGCUCUAUGGCAACUGGCUGAGAAAGGAGUGAAAGCAAAAGUAUUGACAGGUGAUUCUCUCUCUCUCGCAAUAAAGGUCUGCAAGGAAGUUGGCAUAAAAACCGACCACGUGAUCACAGGACCCGACCUUGAGCUUCUUAAUCAGGAUUCCUUUCAUGGCAGUGUUAGAAGAGCAACCGUACUGGCUAGGCUCACCCCAACUCAGAAACUUCGGGUGGUACAGUCGUUACAAACUGCUGGGAACCAUGUGGUUGGGUUCUUGGGAGAUGGCAUAAAUGACUCACUGGCAUUGGAUGCUGCCAAUGUAGGAAUAUCAAUCGAUUCAGGUGCAUCAGUUGCAAAAGACUGUGCUGACAUUGUCCUACUUGAAAAGGACCUCAACGUCCUCGUUGCUGGAGUUGAGCAGGGCCGAAUUACUUUUGCAAACACAAUGAAGUACAUAAAAAUGUCGGUUGUUGCCAAUAUAGGAAGUGUUCUUUCACUUCUUGUGGCAAUUGUGUUCCUCCAAUUUGAGCCCUUGACUCCGGGGCAGCUCCUUGUACAGAGCUUCUUGUAUAAUGUGGGCCAAAUCGCAAUUCCUUGGGACAAAAUGGAAGAAGAUUAUGUGAAAAUGCCACAGAGAUGGUCCCUGAAAGGUUUAUACAUGUUUAUUUUAUGGAAUGGACCAGUGUGUUCUCUCUGCGAUGUAAGCACCCUCUUGUUUCUUUGGUUCUAUUACAGUAUCAGCACUCCGCUGGAUAGAACAUUCGUCCACUCUGCUUUGUUUGUCCAAGGACUUCUCAUGCAAACCUUAAUUAUUCACCUGAUUCGGACUGAGAAAAUCCCCUUCAUUCAGGAGGUUGCCUCAUGGCCAGUGAUUUGCUCUACAAUAGUGAUUUCUGUGAUUGGAAUCACAAUUCCAUUCACACCAGUUGGGAAAGUCAUGAGAUUUAUGCCGCUGCCCUUGUCAUAUUUUGGGUUUUUGGUUGUGCUUUUUCUUGGGUAUUUUUCAGUUGGCCAGGUGGUUAAGAGACUGUACAUUAUGAUCUAUAAAAGUUGGAUUUAGAUGACUGAUUGUGUCCCAUGAGAAUAACAUUCAGUGUACAAAAGAAGCAAAAACAGGAGUAGGUUUUCCUGGGUAUUUCAUUAAUUAUGAGUGUAAUAAAUAUAGCCUCGCCAUUUUU